ACGGCAACGACUUGCUCUCCUUUCAAUCGGUAAGUAUCCAUAUCGCAGGAUCGGAUUGGCAUCAGAGCAUUAGAAGGUCCAUAAAAGACCAGAAUCAAGUCAAGAAAGGCUACACAUCGCAGAAUAAACAAAGCCCCAGCCACUUUUUCCGACCAUUUUCUCCGACUCCACGAACAACAACCUCGCAUGAAAAUUAUGGAUCAACAACCACCCGGAGAAAAAAAUCCUGUUAAACGAUCGAGAUCUAAUACUUCCAUGUCCGCUAAACCUCGUAAACGUCCUCAAUCUCGAGCUUCCACAACGAGUGUUCAUAGCGGACUUGCGCAACCGGUACUGGAGCAGCAAUAUAUGGAUCCGGCGCAGUGGUAUGAUACUAACUCCAAUCCACAACACAACAACAUUCCGCAAUUGUCAGCCGAAGAUAUGGUUAUGCAUAGUGCUUCGCAGUUACAAAAUCCUCGAUCUUUUGAUAUGGAGCACUCUCUCAAUGGCGUCUCGAACCACAACAUACAAUCGUAUCAUUCGGAGGUGCAAUAUAGGCCUGAAUCUGGACGCCAAUCUAUACCAAUGGAUAACUACGCUCAAAAUUAUGGAGAGGGGGAUAGCCAAGUUCUAGAAGGUCGGAGCGAUGAGCAAGACGAGGUGGAUUCUAUAAUCGGGGCAACUGGAGCGACAAAGAAAGCCUCGAGAUCAAGCGCUGCCAAUGAGUUAGAAAUGAGACAGUUAUUUCACGCGAACAAACACCGCUCCUUGCAAGACAUUGCUGCGGAACUUCUCUUGAAUGAAAGAGGACCACAAUCGGAAAGACAGAGACAAGUAUUUGCUAUGCUCUGGAUCAACAAAGUCUGUGAUAAAGGUACGGGGUCUGUACCAAGAGGUCGUGUUUACGCAAAUUACGUUUCGAGAUGCGGUACAGAAAAGGUAACAGUAUUGAACCCGGCAUCUUUUGGAAAACUUGUUCGUGUACUUUUUCCAGGACUAAAGACUCGGCGGCUUGGUGUACGCGGCGAAUCUAAAUAUCACUACGUGAAUUUUAGUCUCAGGGAUGACCAGCCACAACUGCACGAGACUCAAACUCAUCAACCGAUUACAAACUUUAACGAUGCAAAUUUUGCUCAAAGUUUCAAUCAAAGUAUGACAUCGCAAAUUCAAUACCCGGACGUCAAAUACCCAAUUGAUCGAGCCCCAUUUCCGUCUCCCGCAAUUGCUCAAGAGCCCGGACAACGCAAACAACGAUCGGGAGGAUUCAUUAGACCUCAUAGUCUCUACACCCACCCAGUAGUUGCGAAGCUUGCAGAUCUCGAAUGCACAACAAAGACCCCUCAGGUUCUUCAUUUUGCACCUCUAGGGGAACCUUCUAUGCAAGAAUAUGGGGCUAUUUUGCUUCCUAAGAUCCAACCCUUUUUGCCCGUUGGCACCGAUUCAGAUUCAGCACUUGCAUUAUCUGCGCUUUAUCGUUCCCAUUGUACUUCCCUCGUUGAGCAAGUCCGUUUCUGCAAAGAGAAGACAUUCUUCCAUCUUUUUACGGCCUUUCAAGGCACACUGACCAUGCCUGUACAAAAGUUGUUUGCCGACAAAGCACUCGCACCGUGGAUUAAUCAGUGCGAUAUAAUCAUGUACCAAAGCAUGAUGCGCGUCGUGGCGCCUCUAACGCUUCAAGUUGUGCCUAAAGUCGUUUUGGACACUUUACGCAAUAUCUCCGAUCGUCUAGUUACACACAUUCAAAACUCAUUCCACGGCCAACCGGCACAUGUUAUCGAGGCGAAAGUGGGGCCAGCUACAACUUUUGCAAGCCUCUUGGACAAAGAAUUAAGGGUGAAUCUAACUGCUCAUGCUGCAGCAAAUAUGCUAUCUAAUCCUUACAAUCGUGAUACAAUGUAUGAGGACUUUAUAACCAUGGUCAACAUAAGAAAAGUUGCGGAAAGUGUGCCUACGAGAGGAAUGGAUGAUGUGGUCAAUCUUUUGAUAACGGAAUUACGUGAUCUUCUUGAUCCAAGCGAGGUAUCGUGGGAGAUGGAAGGACAAACUCCUUUUGGAGAAAUGGUUGCGCGUAUGGGUCGUCAACGACAAGCGAGCGUCCACGCCGACCCGACCACAGAAAAUGUUCUCGAUCGUUGGGUGAACAUGCUUCUCUCCCUUCCUGGCAAAUUUCCGUAUGCUACACAUGCAGAAAUUGUUUGGUGUGUCCAAAAGAUUGGCACAGCUGUGAUGAGAGAUCUUACCAUUGCUCAAGGUAAGAGUUUUGGUGCUUGGUGGGUCACUAAAUGUUGGCUAGACGAGAUGAUUGCAUUCAUGGCCGAACAAGGAGGGUUCAUGCAGCGUGAAACCAUUCAAGGUGCGAUGGGUAAUGUGCCUAGAAACCCCGCUGCAAGUCGGAGGAAUAGCCAGCAAGAUGGCCGAUACAGCGGUGGAAGUGAUGAAUUUGCUGGGCGUGGAGUAAAUGGUGAGCGAAGCGUCUCGGGUCCUCGACCAAUGGACCUUGCAAGAGAGGCUGCUAUGAAUGCAGCUGCUGGUCAUGAUGAUAGUGGAAUUGGAAUGAGGACACCCGACGAUGAGUUUUCUAUGGGAAAAUAUGCAUUCGGUCAAGAUGAUGGGCACGCAUCGAUGGAAUCUAAUUCUCUUCAUGCCAUGUCACAGGGAGCUAUGUCUUGAGAUUGAAUAACACUCCAAAUCGUGAGAAUUUGGGUCAAAUUUGCGGCGCAAUGGAUGGUCAAAGGGUUGGGGUUGGAUAAUGUGACAGGAAAGGAUGAUUUUUUAACGACCAACGACUAAACGAAUGGCUGUAGAAUGGGUGGAUACCUGGUGUAUAUUUGGGAUGGUCUUGAUUAUCUUACUCCGGCGAUUUGAGUAUUUUUCGCCGUUUGGACUAUUGACGGUUUUGGCUCCAAAAAUCUUUGGAGUACUGGUUUUGAUGGCGUUUCCGUGCAAAGACUAGGGUUAUCCUUUUGUAAUUAUCAAUAACGGGGAAUAAUGGCGGGAAGGAAGGAAGGGUAUGAAAACUGGUUUCUACAUAUGAUCUAAUAUUACUUGGGCUUGAAGAAAGCCGUUGUAAUAAUGAAUGUCUUUUUGGUCAAUUAUGUUGAGUAUUGAG